UGAAACAGCACUUCACAGUCAUCGACGUCCAUGAACUGACUUUGGCAUUCUGGAUAACAACAAACCACACGAAUUCCUCUCGAGACAACCGAGCUUCCAGAUCCAGAAUCCAGUGUUCUCUUCGGCGGAUAGCACAGAAAUCAAGAGAUAUGGCCGAGCAUGUGGUUGCUGCUGUGUUGCAAAGGGCAGGCGCCGCUGUAAUCCAAGAAGCUGCCUCUCUGCGCCAAGUUCCUGCCAAGGUGGAGACCCUCAAAUCUGAGCUUCGGCGCAUGCAGUGCUUCCUCAGAGACACAGAUGCGAGGAUGGAGAGGGGCGAAAUGGCUAACCACCUGGUGUCAGAGGUCAGGGAUGUAGCUUACAGCAUCGAGAUUAUUAUCGACAUGGCAAACAUCUUGGCGAGGGAGAACAACAUAAAAAGGUCCUUCAUGGGUGCCAUGUCGAAGGGUGCUCAUUACCCCUUCCACUGCAUGCAUCUGUACAACAUCGUAAAAAGGAUUGAUAGAGUAACAGCAAGGGUUCAUGCAAUCUUCCAAGAAUUCACAAAGUAUAGUAUUGCUGGUAUUAGCCUGAAUGAGAUGAGAUAUAGCAUGGAAGAGAACGCAAGUUUACGGGCUAAGAGACUGAUACUUCCAGAUUUUGAGGACGAGCUAGAUGUCAUUGGCUUCCAUACUGAAAUCAACCAAAUCAAGGAUGACCUGCUUGACUCGGAGAACAAGGAUCUCACUGUCAUCUCCCUUGUUGGUCCAGGAGGAGCAGGGAAAUCAACCGUUGCCAGGAAGGUCUACAAUCUUGUCGCCAAAAAACAUUUCCAUUCGUGUGUAUGGAUAUGUAUAUCACAGCAAUUUACAGUCUAUGGUGCACUAAAGGAUAUUGUUAAAGGGACCAUGGGGACUCAAAACUCCGAAGAACUAGGUAAAAUGAGUGAGGCAGAAAUUAUAAAGAAGAUCCACAAUUUUCUCAAGGACAAAACAUACCUGGUAGUUUUAGAUGAUGUCUGGAGAAUGGAAGACUGGGAUAUGAUCCAAGCCGCCUUUCCUGAUGUAAAAAAUGGAAGCAGAAUGGUCGUGACAACCCGCAAUUCAGCAGUGUCCAAUCAUCCCAACACAAGAAAAAUAAUCCAGGAUCUGAAGCUUCUCAACGACGAGGAAAGUAUAGAGUUGUUCAAUAGAAAAGCAUUUCCUCCCUACGUUGUCCAUGAUAGAAAUGAUAUGGAUAGUUUCAGAGAAAUAGGCAAGGCACUUGCAUUAAAAUGCAAUGGCUUGCCUCUUGCAAUUGUAGUCCUGGGAGGUUUCCUUUCAAAGAAUCUCAGAAUCACAGAGUGGAGAAGAAUGGUUGCCAGCAUAAAUUGGGAUGCAAUGAAGAAUGAAGGCGACAUCAAAGCCAUACUGGACCUUAGUUACUAUGAUCUGUCAAGUAAUAUGAAAGCAUGCUUUUUAUACAUUACAUCCUUCCCAGAGGACUACGCAGUCCCUGUUGGCCUUCUUACAAAGUUAUGGAUUGCAGAAGGUUUCAUACCAAAUGUGCGCGAAUGCUCCCUUGCAGAAACUGCACUCAGGUAUGUGGAAGAACUGGCACAACGCUGCAUGGUCCUAACUGAAAAGAGGAGCUCCAGGUGCAUCAAGACCGUAAAAGUGCAUGAUGUGUUGCGUGAUUGGGGAAUUGGGCGUGCUCGAAGAGAAGGGUUCUUCAAAGACUGCAGUUCCAGCAAUGACGUGGAGACCUCAUAUUCCAAUGAAAUGAGAGCUUACAGAGUGGUUCUCUAUGACUCUGUUUGCGUAAAAGUUGGUAUUGCUAUACCAAAUCUGCACUCCUUGCUGAUCCUCAAUGCAGCUCGCUUAGAAUGGAAUGCUGCCUUUUUUUUUCAUGGCUUAUAUUAUUUGCGGGUGCUCUACGUCGAUGGCAUGAGAGGGAAAUGGCAGCUUCCUACAGAUAUUGGCAAGAUGGUACAUCUGAGGUAUCUUGGCUUGAAAGGUGGCACAUAUGUACUUCCUGCUUCCAUCAGUAAUCUCACAAAUUUGCAUACUUUUGAUGCAAGAGAUGCCACAGUGGAAGCACUCCCUAUUGCUCUCUUGAGCAUUUGGACACUGAAGCACGUCCAUAUCUACAAGGUCGAGUCAUGGUCCAUGCUGAAGACUACCAUACAAAGCAACCUGAAAUCUCUUUUCAUAUUACUGGCAUCCAACAUGCCAAAGCAAUGGGAAGCAGCGAUUGAAAGAAUGGAAAGCAACCCCUCCUGGUGCUUUGGGAGGCACUACCAGAGUGUCAAACAACUGGAAAUUGUUGGGUCAUUCGAGGACAAGUUCGGUGUGCCCAAUGACCUACAUCUUCCUGAUCUGCUUCUCCUUCCGCACAACUUGAGACGGCUAAAAUUUAGUUGUCCUAAUUUGCUGAAUGAUGAAGAUCCCAUGCCAACACUUGGGAGCUGGCUUCCAUUCCUGAAUGUAUUAGAAAUAGGGGUUAGGUCAUAUACAGGUGCAACCAUCACCUGCCCUUCUGGUGGGUUUCCAAAUCUGUACAAUUUGGUACUCCACGAUCUUGAUGUUGAACAGUGGGUAUUGGAGGAUGGGGCCAUGCCAAAGCUCAGAAUAUUAACUUUGUGCAAGUGCACCAAGCUGAAAGCACUACCAGAAGGAUUGCAGCACCUGAAGGAACUUAGGAAGCUGAAAGUGAUAGCGAUGCCUAAGUUGUGCCAAGUAUUGUGCUACUUACUCCACCGGGCAGGACGCGAGGUUAUCAUCAGGUCAAGUGAGGAAGACUUCCAGCAUGUAGAGAUCCCUAAGGAUGACAGGUAACAAGCUGAAAUCCACGGAUAAUGGGGAGCAGGAGUAAUUUAACUUCACCUCAAUCUUACAUGCCGGGUAGGAUGGAUGUCGACUUCCCCCGUGAGUUACUGACGUGAUACAGACGAUUUGUCAAUUGUGCUUGCAUAUUUAUUUCACACAGUAUUGUACUUAAUAUAUGCACGAAGAAAGUAUUUUCAUACCUAGAGUUUACCAAAAGUGUAUACUGGACAUCCCUGAUGUACAUGAGACACAGUUUGUAACUUAUAUAACUAAUGCCAACUAGAUUUGUGCCAGUACA